UGGAGCGAACUUAGUCGCUAAGCAAAACGUUUCCGCUGUUUUCCACGCUGUGAUCGGGGACCCAUCUUAGCGAUAAAACUUUCGAUUUUUUCUCUUUUUUUUCUUGUUUUCAUCUCGAUUUUUCUCUUCCUAUAUAUAUAUUUGGGUGUUUGUUGGAUCCUUCUCUCACCGAUCAAUCAAAGCCCAGUGUGUUGAAUUUUUAUUUUUUAUUUUUAGCAAUAUUAGUUUGCAGAAAUUUUCGAUCUGAGAGUUUUGAUUGAUCGCCAUGGCGAUGCUUGAUGCCUUCUUCAAUAAGGGCGCUUUUAAGGGAGCCAAGUGUAAAACCCUUCUGAAGCUGACAAUCCCAAGGAUAAAAUUGUUGAGGAACCGGAGGGAAAUUCAAUUGAAGCAGAUGCGGAGAGAUAUUGCUAAGCUACUUGAGAAUGGGCAAGAGGCCACUGCCCGGAUUCGGGUGGAGCACAUAAUUCGGGAAGAGAACAUGAUGGCGGCACAUGAGAUUAUUGAGCUGUUUUGUGAACUCAUAGUUGUUCGGCUUCCCAUUAUUGAGACUCAAAGGGAAUGUCCACUUGACCUUAAAGAGGCAAUUUCUAGUGUUUGUUUUGCUGCACCAAGGUGCGCCGACUUGCCUGAAUUGCAGCAGGUCCAGAUGUUAUUUGCAGCAAAAUACGGAAAAGAAUUUGUUCAAGCUGCCUCUGAACUCAUGCCAGAUUGUGGAGUUAAUCGCCAGGUAAUUGAAUUAUUAUCGGUUCGUGCCCCAUCCGUGGAAGCAAAAUUGAAGUUGCUCAAGGAAAUUGCUGAAGAGCAUGAAUUAGAUUGGGAUCCAGCUGAUUCUGAAUCUGAGUUUCUCAAACCACACGAAGAUUUACUGAAUGGACCAAGCAACUUCGUUAGUGGUUCUACACUGCCUCUACCCAGUGAGAAACACAAUGAAUCAUUAUCUUCAACCACCACUGCUGAAGAGCAGGAACUUGAUGACGAUACCUUAGAUCUUCCCGAAGUUCCAAAAAUUUCAGUCCAAACUAUCCCUGAUACUACAUCAGCUCCCGAAUAUGUUCCACCUCCAGCGUCCUCUCUCACACAUGAUUUAAGCCAUGAGUUUACGAAACGAUCUACUUCAAAUGAGGAUUUGCUGCAUAUGGCAGAGCAACCGACGGCUCCAAUUUAUAACCCUUCAGAUUCUGUUCCUUCGAAGGAAAACAGACAGUUUAUCCCCUUUGUCACUUCUCCAGUGCUGUCUACUGGUUCAUUUUCUGAGAAAGCAAGUGUGCCGCCUUCCCUAUCCUCCAAAUCUGUUCCGACAAAUCAAGACCAGCAAAGGCCAUCUUUUUCUCGGACCCAAACUGAGAUCAACACCGACUUGAACGAUGUCUUGGCAGCAGCUCAAACUGCUGCUGAAACAGCUGAACGAGCCGCAGCAGCUGCUCGUGCUGCAGCCAGCCUCGCUCAGGUUAGAAUCACAGAGCUUGCCACCAGACGUAACACAAGGAUCUCCGAGAGCAUCGAAAACAGAAACGAAGAAAUUGGAUCUGAUCAACAGGAAACAUUGCAGAGAUCAGACCUUCAUCGACAAAAAUCAUCAGGCCAUAUCAACCAUGCUAUAAGUGAUGGAUUAGAAUGGAGAUCUGAUUCUAGAGAGCAAAGUCCGGAACUCCAUGCUUCUCAUCAGUAUCAGCGAUCUGGAUCGUUAGAGGAUGAUCCUUACUUCUCUUACCCGAACUUGUUUUCGUCGUCACAAGACCACACCCUUAAAUCAAAUACUCAACAGUCACCAGACAAUUCACGUUCAACUCUGUGAUUUGAUGAGAUGGAGCACUUAUUGAUGCCAAGCAGAAUUAUUCCAAUGACUAGUGGUAUAUAAAAGCUAAAACAAUGCGACUAUGCUUAGAGUCACCCUUUCUAUGCUUAAGUGUGAUUGUUUAGUAGAACUCAUACUGUGAAAUGCUCUUGUGAAUUGCAGUGUGCCUUGUUUGUUUUCUCUUCUA